AUGGCGGCUGCAUCAGAAGCGAUCUGCCACAGUGAUCCCAACUUUGCCGUUAUUUGCUCGUUUCUCGACAAAUAUGGCGAGAGAUUGGGGCUUGCAGAAACUUCGCAUGUAGAUCUGCAAAAUUGGAUUGAGGACACAAAGCAUGUGUCAUCGUUCCUCAUAGAUAUUCAUGUGCGGCUGUUGAGACGAGUUGGGAAGGGUUCUGUGUCAACCGAGAAAUGGGAAAGAUACGUCGUCAAGUACUGUUACACCUAUUCAGAAAUAGACGCGUGGGAGGUGGAGAGAUUCGGCUACAAACAUUCCAAAAUAUCAACAAAAUUAAAAAUCCUAAAGAAUUUACUAGAGAACCAGUUUGACUACAACACCAAAUUCAAAGAAAAGGUAAAUGAAGAAGAACCAGGUGCUAUGAGAUUCCAGCCCAUUGGCAGGGACAAGAAUGGACUAGCCUAUUGGUACAUACUGGACAAAGAACAGAAUCUGAUGGUGUACCGUGAGGACCAGGAUGAUGUAGAUGCAGAGACCUGGGAAAUAGUGUGCAGAAAUAGAUCGGAGCUUGCAGUCUUGAUAGGAAACCUAGAGAGCAGUAUUGGUCUAAAAACUCCAGAAGAGGACAUCAGUACUAACUCUGGAGACAGUGUAAAAAGUGAAGACAAAACCAACAUAAAAACAGAGACAUCAGAAGACUCGCUGGACUCUAAUCCACCAAUCAAAAAGGAGCCUGAUAAACAGACCGAGAACGAACAAUCGCCCAAAGUGAAAGCUGAACCAGCGGAUGAAGUGGAUGGUGUUGUAGUUCAACCAGAGGCAGAAAAGCCACAGCAAGACACGUCAUCUACACAAUUGAAAAAGGAAGCUAAUGAAGAGGAGGGUGCUAUUGAAGUGAAAAAGGAGAAAGUGGAUGAAUGCGAUGAGAAAGAAGAAAAAAGCAGUGAAAGUUCAAAAGAAAAAGAUAAUGAAUGUAGUAUUGUGGCUGAGGACGAAAGUAGGAAAAAUACAGAAAAUAUCUCGGCAUUAGAUGAUUCUCAAAAGGAUGAUGACAAGGAAAAAGAGAAAGAUCAGGAAUUGAGAUCUGAAGACACAACACAGGAAGAGAAAGAGGAAAUGAAGGGAGAUAAAUCUGUAGAUGAUACGUUAAAGGAUACAGACGAGAAUAAAGAAAAUAAAGAAACAAGUGCAGAAACAGAAGAUGAAGGAAAAGAUAAGGAUGGUGUGAAAGAUAAAGAAGAUUCGGUUGAGGAUAAAAUGACUAGAUCUGUUGAAACAAGUGAUACAAAAGUGAAAGAAACAAAAUCUGAUUGUGUAAAAACUUGUGAUGAAGAGACAAAAAGUUCUUGUGAGUCAAGUAAAGUGAAAGAUAAAUCAGAGAUAGAAUUACCUGAAAACACAGAUGAAAAUAAAGAUGAAAUGGAAGUAGAUCUGAAUAAAGAAAAGACAGUCAAAGUAGAUAAAGAAGAUGUUAAAAGUGAGGUUAAAGAUGAGGGAUCUUUAGAUGAAAAUUUAAAAGGAAAAGAACAAUCUGAUGUAAAUGAAAAAGACAAACAAAAACCAGAUCCAAAAUGUGUAGAAGAAAGUACAGAUAAAGAUGUUAAUGUGAAAGAUAAAUCAGAAAAGGACUGUGAUAGUGUGAAAAAAGAAUCAAUAGAAACAGAGGAAAACAAAGACAGAAAGUGUGAGAAUGAAUCAGAGAAAGUUGAAACUAAGGAAAUUACGAAAGAGGAAGAAGAGAAAGAAACAAAGGAAAAUGAAGGAGAUAAAUCUCCGUUAAUCGCUGAAACCCAAGGCAAUAAAUCUAAGGAAGAUAAGAUUGAAAGUAAGUUAAGCAGUGAUGAGUUACCAAAACAAUCUGACUUGGAGGAAACGUCAGUUUUACCUGCAGCUGAAGGUGAUAAAACAUCUAUAGAAAUGACUGAAAAAGAAGAAAAACUGACAGAUUCCAAAGACAAAGGUCAGAAACCUGAAAGUAAAAGUGAGACAAAAUUGGACACCAAGGACAAAGGUCAGAAACUUGAAAGUAAAAGUGAGACAAAAUCGGACACCAAGGACAAAGGACAGGAGAGUACUCUGAGUGAAAAUGUUGAGGCCACUGCCAAAAAGGAUGAAACAUUGGAGGAAAAGCUGAAGUCUGAUAAAGAUGUAGGAGAUGGUGGCGAUUCUGAAGAACCAGCCAAGGAGUCGAGGGAGGAGAAAAGUGAAGAGGUAUUGACAGAGAAAAAAGAAAAGACUGAGGCAAUAAAGGAUGAUGUAUGUGAGGAAAGUAAGGAAAAAAGUGAAGAAAAACAUCAAGUAGAACAUAACGACGAGGAUACUGGUGGCUUACGAAGAAGUUCACGGUCAAGGAAAUCAGUAUCUCUGCCUCAGGCUCCUCUACCAGUGGCAAGGAAAGUGACACCUAGGUCUAACAGGAAUAAGCAGGUGAAAAAGGCAGUUGAUAAUAUAGAUUCUAAAGACAAUAAUGUGGAAGAAAAGAAGGAUGAAACCAGUGUAACGAAUAAAACUGAUCAGGAAGCAAAUGAUGAUAAAGAGGAUAAAGAAAAAGUCAAUGGAGAUGUAUCGCUUGAUGAGAAAGAGAAAACAAAAACUGCUAAAAGUAAAACUCGGAAACGACAGCUGCAGGUGGAGGAAUCUGUUGACACAUCAUCUGCUGAACCAGACUCCAAGAAAUUAAAGGGAGGUAAGAAAGCUGCGGCAAAGGGAAAGUCGAGGAAGAGAGUACCAGCCCGAGUCAUUGCUACAUCUUCUUCCUCUCAAGAGGAUAGCGUGGACAGUGAUGAUGUUCCUCUGAGUAAAGUAAAUCGAAGUGGAGGAAAGGCAGCACGAGGGAAAAGUAAAGGGAACAAACGUGAGACAGAAUCAGCGACGACACCCACCAGGAAGAGUUCUCGACCUGUCAAGAAGAAAAAAUUUGAUAGUGAUGAGGAGGAGUCGACACCAAAAGCAACUCCAAAGGGUAAGAGGAAUGUGACUCCAAAGUCCACACCAGCCCCAGCCCCUAAAGUCGAAACCCCGUCCUCGUCCUCAGCAACAGAACUGGAGGAAGAGGAUCUGUCUGGGCGAAGAAGGAGUGUUCGUGUGAGGAAAAUGGCCAAAAAGAAAAAGAAGAAAUUACUGCUGUUUGAGGCAUCGACAGAUGAGGAGCUGCUGAAAGACAACGGUGAUGAGAGUAGUGAAUUUCAGAUUGAGUCGGAAUAUGAUUCUGAUGAGGAUUUCAAAAUCCAAAAGGGGAGAAACGCAAGAAGGCAAGCAGCCAUAAAGGCAGUUGAAGAAGAAAAAAAGCGAGUUGUGCCGGACGAUACACCCUGCUGCAAGUGCCUUAAAUACAAUCAACCGGAAUGGAUUCUGCUGUGUGAUAAAUGUGAUGCGGGGUACCACACCGCCUGUCUACGUCCUCCUCUUAUGAUCAUACCUGAUGGCGAGUGGUUUUGUCCUCCUUGUGAACAUAAAAUGCUAGUCGAACGCCUGCUAGCUAAUCUCAAAGAACUAGACAUUGCUCUGAAGAAAAAAGACAGAUUAACCAAAAGGAAGGAGAGGUUAGCCUACGUUGGGAUUAGUUUGGACAAUAUCCUAAAUGAGGAACUGAAGGAGAACAUUGAACCUGAGGAGGAAAGUGAAAGUAGUGAUGAAGGGAUACGACCAGAGCGGUAUCGCAAGGCACAUCACCACCACAAGCAUCACCACAAACACCACAAAGAAAAGUCCAAGCCAACAUUUGCAACUCGUUCCUGUCGCUCGCGCAACAAGACGAGCUAUAAAUUUGAAGACUAUGAUGAAAUGAUUAACACUGCGAUACAACAAGAGGUGGAAAAGGCCUGGACUGAAGCCAAACCAGGGCGAAGUAGAGGUAAAGAUAUGUCUAACAUCCUCGGAAUGGAGGAUACAGAGGAAGAGGAGGAGGCGGAGGAUGGUAAACCCGCCGGAGUGGCAGGCAAAAGGAAGAAGAAGGGCCGUAGUCUUACAGCUCUAGACAGUGGCAGUAAUCCAGAGGAUGACAGUGAGGAGUACCAACUUUCUGAUGGGUCAGCAUCUGAGAUCCAAGAAGAAGUGGAAGAGGAUGAUGAUGAUGACGAGAGUGACUAUAGUGCUGAUGGCGAAGCCUGGCGCACGUCUAGGUCGCGGAGGGCUUCAACACGACGAAGUGGCAGACGCAAACGUCGUGGCAACAGAUUUGAUGAUUUUGUGGUGGAUGAAGAGUAUGAUAGUGAUGAUAGCGCAAUGUGCCGACGUUCAACUAGGGCUCGUGCUAGGAGGAGAGUGAGCUAUCGGGAGGCUCGGUCAGAAGAAGAGGAGGAGGAGGAAGAGGAGGAGGAGGAAGAAGAAUCAAUGGACAGUGCAGAUCUGUGUUCAGAUGAAAGUGGCCCUACUAGUCGCAAAAAAUCUCGGACAGCUUUCGAUGAAAAGCUGAAAAAAUUGAAGCAUAAGAAAUCAAAACAAGAGCCUAAACGGAGGCGCGUGAUACGAUCUGAUGACAGUAGCGAGGAAGAUGAUUCUGAUGAAAAAUCAGAUCAGAAAUCAAAUUCUAAAUCCGAGGAAAGUGAAGAAGAGGAUAGUGAAAGUAGAGAAGAGUCAGAAUCUGACAGUGAUAGAAAACCAAAUAUUAUCAAGAAAUCUCGUAAAAGACAACAUUAUAAAUCUAGUACUGAGUCGGAAUCCUCUUCCGACGGUUCUAUUGUCAGACGAUCAAGGCGUAAAGCCGCUCAAAAAGUCAAUUUCACAAGUCUGCUUAAUUUUGAUUCUGAUGAUUCUAUUGCUUCCAAGAAAAGUGAGAAAGAGGAAGAAAAGAAGGAAGUGCGUGGAAGUGCUAAAAAGAAAAAGACCGUGAUUCAAGAAGAGUCAUCGGGGACAGAAGAUUAUGAGGAGGACAUCACUAAGGAACAAGAGUCUGAAGAAGGUAUUGCUAAAGAGAGUAAGACUGUGCUGCCAGUUGAGGGUGGCGAUUUGAAAAAGAAAGGACCUCCUGUUGGAGGAGAAAGCUCUGAUGGGGGUAUACCUCCUCAUGUAAUGGACAGAAGGAUGAGUUCAGGCAGCACGUGCGGGUCGGAAUCUCAAAUGAGUGGAUCACAGUUUCCACCACCACCUUAUGAUGAUUCAAGUCGGGAUCAUUUUUCUGAUGGCUCCACAGGGAUGCCGUCUCAUCCAGUCAGACAUCCAAAACCCCAGUACAGCAAUGGAUCUCGACCAAUGGGUCCUGGGAACUUUCCGGGACAGUCGCCUCCUCCAUAUAGCUCCCCUCCCCACGGGCAGUACAUGUCACCACCUCCACAAGGUUAUUACCCACAACACCAAGGCUAUCCUCAAAUGUAUCAGGGCAGCCCCUAUAAUCCUCCAGGUCAUCCCAUGCACAGACCGAUGGGUCCAAUGUCAGGCCAGGGCAUGCCACACCAAGGUCAAAUGCCACCACAGGGAAUGCAACAUCAAGGUCAGAUGCCUCCACAGGGAAUGCCACAUCAAGGUCAGAUGCCUCCACAGGGAAUGCCACACCAGGGUCAGAUGCCACCACAAGGCAUGCCACACCAGGGUCAAAUGCCACCACAAGGUGUGCCACAUCAAGGUCAAAUAACACCACAGGGCAUGAAAAACCAAGGUCAAAUGCCUCCACAGGGAAUGCCGCAUCAUGGUCAAAUGCCACCACAAGGAAUGGCACAUCAAGGUCACAUGCAACAUCAAGGUCAAAUGCCAACCCAGGGUCCACCCAAUCGUAGUCAGAUGCGCCCUCAAGGAGUGCAACAACAAGGUCAGAUGCCUCCACAAGGAAAACCGCACCCGGGUCAGAUGCCACGCCAAGGUAUACCUCGUCCAGGUCAGAUGUCUUCUCAAGGAAUGCCUCAAUCUGGUCAAAUGCCACCGCAAGGAAUGCCACAUUCAGGUCAAAUGCCACCUCAGAGAAUGCCACACCCAAGUCAAAUGACACAACAGGGGAUGCCACAUCCAAGUCAGAUGCCACAAGGAAUGCCACGACCUGGUCGAAUGCCUAACACAGGAAACGUUCCACCUCCACAAGGACCUAAUCCUCACAUGCAUCAAGGUUCAGGUGACAGCUCUAACAUGAAUGUUGGCCCAUAUCCUAAUGCUGCAAGUCACCCAGGGAACAUGCCUGGUCAGCAAGGAGCCAUUCCACCGGGUCAUUCUAUGGCUUCUAUGUCCAGUUCACAAGGACAUCCCGUGCCAUCAAAUCACCACCUAAUGUCCAAUCAGGGCUCAGCUCCAUUGCCCAAUCACCCUGGCCCUCCUCCUUUGAGACCAAGCCUAAGUACAUCACAGCAAGCUUCAAAAGCUAGCCUGCAAUCACCUCCCAUGGGAUCUAGUCUGAGUACUGCACCUGCCCAGCCCCCACCCUUAGUUUCAGGACCAAGUAAAAAGGCAAAAAAGGGAAAAAGUAAGAAAAACCAGGUUCCUUUCCCAGUAUCACAAAGUCCCACACCUAAAAGUCCUCCAGUAGGCUCAAGUUUAGGGCCCAUACCUACAUCACAGGGACAUCCAGUACCAGCUAAUGAUCCUAUACCAAAUAAACCCAUUUCUGAAGCAUUGACUCUGCCUAACUCCAAAGGAACAAAAAUGUCUAGCCCAGUUCAUCCUACCGCUAAAACACCAACUCAGUCUCCAGUACUUCACAAGCAGGGUCCUCAAGCAAUAAACCAAGGUCCUAUGUCACCAUCACCAGCCACAAUGGUGUCUGCUGCUGGUUCAACAUCCAUCUCACAUGCUCCACAAAUACCAGGACGAAUGCCUGUAAACCAAAGUACCUCAAUUCCCCUCUCAACCGGUGAUGGCCAAAUGGGCUUUUCCCAAGGUCCUAUUUCAAGCCAAGGUAGAAAAUCACCUAACCAAGACACUAUGUCAAAUCAAGAUUCUAUGUCCCCAAAACAUGGCUCCCAAAUGCCAAACCUAGAAACUAUGUCCCCAAACCGUGGGACCCCAGUAACUAGCCAAGGUCCAAUGCCCCCAAAUAAUGGUCGUAUGCCUAUUGAUGGGCCAAUGUCCCCAAAUCGUGGUCCACCUGCAUCAAGCUAUGGACCAAUGCCUUCAAGUCAGGCACCAGCAACAUCUUCUGAAGAUCAUGGACCACCAAUGCAAAGUAAGAGUCAAGAAAUCCAAAGCCAAAGCUCUGCAAUGGUAACUCAUGAUUCAGUGUCCAAAGAACAAGGUCCGUUAGUAUCGGACCAAGUUCCUGUUGCUCCAAGCCAGGAACUCCAAAUGUCUGCCAAUGGUCCAUUACCCCCAAAUCCGGGCCCCCCAUCGUCAGCUGCAGUGCGUAUGGCCAUAAAGCAGGAGCCUAUAUUACCCUCAGACCAAGGCCCGUCAGUGCCUGCAAAGGGUGCCAUGUCCUCGGGUCAUGGCCCUGCAAUGGAAGGCCAUAGCCAAGAGCCCCCAAACCUAGGUUCUGAAAAGUCUGUCCCUGGCCAAAUGCCUCCAAAUCAGGGGCCUCCAAUGUCUGCCCAUGGCCCAAUUCCUCAAAACCAAGACACCCAAAUGUCUGACAAAAAACAGGGUCCCCCAUUGUCUGCCCAUUGUCAAAUCCCACAAAACCACGGUUCCCAAAUAUCUGACCAUAACCAAACGUCCCAAAACCAAGGUCCCCCAAGGUCUGCCCAUGGCACAAUGCCCCCAAAACAGGGUCCCCCAAUGUCUUCCCAUGGCCAAAUGCCCCCAAACCAGGGUCCACCAAUGUCUGCCCAUGGCCAACUGCCUCCAAAUCAGGGUCCCCCAUUGUCAACUACUGGUCGAAUAUCCCCAAACCAGGUUCCGCAAAUAUCUUCCCAUGGCCAAAUGCCGCCACACAAAGGUCCCCCAAUGUCUGCCCAUGGACCAAUGUCCCCAAACAAAGGCCCACCAAUGUCUGCCCAUGACCCAGUGCCCUCAAGUCAGAGUCCCACAGUGUCUGCCCAUGGCCCAAUACCUGCAAACAUGGGUCCCCCAAUGUCUGCCCGUGGUCAAAUGGCACCAAAUCAGGGUCCCUUAAUGUCUGUGCAUGGUCCUAUGGCCCCAAACCAGGGUCCCCCUAUCAUGAGUCCUAAGAGCCAGCAGGGGCCAAUGCCUUCACAGAGGGCACCCCAUCCAAGGUCAGGUGCUCCUUUCUCUCCAGGUAUGUACCCAGGUCCUCACAUGGGUAACUUUCCUCCAGGUUAUCCUGGAUCUUAUGGUUCACCACCUCACAUGUCUCCAAUGCAACAAGGAAUGCGCCCAAUGACCCCAAAUCAACCUCCUUUUAGUACCCAGUCCGGGACUGACCUUCCUGAACCAGCUAAACCUGUCAAAGGGAAAAAGGGGAAAGGCAAAAAGAAAAGUGUGACUAAAGGUUCAGCGAACCAACAGAACCCACCAGCCUCCUUUCCACCUGGAAUGCACCCAGGACAGAUGGCUCCCCACCAGGCCCAUGUAGGAAUGUAUCCAUACCCACCAGGAGGGCCUGGAGGUCCAGAUGGGCAUAUGGGAGCUCCUAGACCUUAUGGGCCAUAUGGAGGACAGUAUUAUGGGCCCCAGUAUGGACCAGGGGAGAGACUUCCUCAUCCGGGAAUGCCCCCAAGAGGGUACCCAUAUGGUGCUAAUGGAACUGGUCCCCAUCCAAUGGGUCACACACCAAAUGGAGGCAGUGGAGGUGGUGGGUUCAUGAUUGACAAGCUCUUAGAGAAAGAACCAAAGAAGGGGACAUUGACGGAGCUGGAUGGUGGAGGUGGCAGUGGAAGACCUGCCCCGCCACACUGUGGUCGACCUGACUACACAAGCUAUUCCACAGCUGAACCAGAGGACGAGGAUAGCAUGUCGGACAUUGCUGAUAUUGUCAAGUAUGUUACAAAUGAUGACUUUUUCAAGGAGAAAGAGUGACAGUGUCUCUCCUUAUUAACUCGGGGCAUCCGUUUGUAAUAAGUUUCAUAUGUUACCAAAAGGAACUUCCAAGCCGGUUGUAUACAAAAGACAUUGUAAAGAUUUCAAUGUCAAUGUCAUACAAGUAUAGAUAUCAUGUACUAUGAAUCAUGUUAGACAUUUUGACAUACUUUUCAACAUUUGGAUUUUCAGUGUACAAAAAUUGGUGACAGUUAGAUGCAUCAAUACAUGUAUAAUCAUUUUUCUUAAAUAUAUAUUCAUGAAGUGUUUGUGUGAAUGAUAUCAUCUAUCGGUCACACAACAUACUUUCUGCUGAGCUCACAGUAUGUAUGUUAGGACAAGACUUUGAUGUAGUAUAGGUUUCCUAUGAAUGUCCUUCAUCACAAGCCAUGUGUAUAAAGUAGAUUUGAACCUAGUUAUGUAGAAAAGCUUUUAAUGGACUGUUUUGGUCAUUAUGGUAUCAAAAAUACAAAUUUAUUGAAUAUUUUAAUGAUUUAUGUAAAAACAAUGCUGUUGGAUUUUUAAAAAAUACUGUAUAGAUAUUAAAUUGUGUUAUAAGGAACCAUGAUACUCGUGUACAAAACCAAAAACUAAAACUUUGAAACUGUUCAAUCGACGCAUUUAAAAAAAUAAGUUUAAAUGAUAUCGGGAAAGUCAAAUAUGUAUGCCCAGAAUAGCAAUGAUAUCUUACUGUUUAGUUCCAUCUCCUUAAUAUUCGGUAAACACGAAAUUUUAAGAAAUCGAUAUGUGGGAGUAAAUAUUCCUUUUUAUUAUAUACAUGUAAAUUCCUUUUUGUCCAGAUUACAAUCUCUCUCUCUCCGUUGUGAUAAGGAGAAAUUAAUGAUGUUUUGUAUAGUGGCUUUAUAUCAAUGGUUUUUUAUUUUUUACCCCUAUUUGUCUGUUGAUGAUUUUGCUACCUCUUUCCAUUACAGAUAUUGCAUCCCUUUUAAUGAAUUUAUAUUGAUAAGGUUCAAUACAAUAGACAUUGUGCCAUAUGUAUUUACAC